CAGGUCAGAAAAGCGGUAGUAGACAGCCGGCUACUUUGUUCGGAAAUAUUGUUGAGUAUAUAUUUUGUUUAGUAAUACUAUACCAAUAAUGGAAGAAAUAAUACUGAAAUUACUUGUAGCCGAUAACGCAUCAAUUCAACAGGGAACAGCAGAACUUAGAGAAGCUUUUAAGAAACCAGAAAGUAUACCGGCAUUAUGGCAACUUAUUGUAUCAUCAACAAAUCCACAGAUAAGACAAUAUGGAGUUAUAUUACUUAGAAAGCGCUAUAAAGGAAAACAUUGGUUAAAAUUGCCACAACAUAUACGUAAUGAAUUUAAGACAGUAAUUUUACAGGCAUUAGUGAAUGAACCAGAAAAAUUUGUCAAGAAUGCAAUUGCACAAUUAAUAGGUGUAAUAGUAAAACACGAAUUGCCUAAUAAUGGAUGGCCAGAAGUUUUACAGUUUGUACAACAACUAGUUACUAGUGACAAUUUAAUGGAUAAAGAGUUGGGAACUUAUACUUUAUCAGUUAUGACUGAAAUUGCACCUGAUGCAUAUCAGGCACAUGCUACAUCACUUGCAAUGCUCUUGGGACAAACAUUGAAUAGUUUACAAGACUUAGGAAACCCUGUAGCAUAUUAUGUUUUACGGAUAAUGCAGAAUCUUGUUCCUUUAGUUAAAGGUAAUCAAAUGAUGGUAAAUGCUUAUCAUCAAAUGAUGCCACUUGUAAUGACUACAAUCCAAUCUCUUACUACUAGCAAUGAAGUUAAAGCUAUUGAAUGUUUCGAAUUAUUAGAUGAAUUAUGUGAAAAUGCAAUUUCUGUAAUAGCACCACAUGUUAAACCUCUUGUUAAUAUGUGUCUUGCUAUUACUGGCAACAAAGCAUUAGAUGAUGCUCUCAGAGUGAAAGCAGUUGGCUUUAUUGGCUGGUUAGCUAGAACUAAGAAGAAAGCCAUAAUCAAACAUAAACUUGUCGAACCCAUUAUAGAUAUGCUGUUUAAUCUUAUGUCUACACGACCUGAGGAUGAUAAUGAUGAAGUUUACUUUAUUGGUUAUAAUGAAGACAAUACACCUGUAACUUGUGCUACACAAACUUUAGAUUUACUUGCACUUCAUUUGCCACCAGAAAAGUUAAUUCCUCAAUUGUUACAAUAUAUAGAACCUAGCCUGCAAGGUUCAGAUGUAUAUGCGAAAAAAGCAUCAUACCUAGCAAUGGCAGUAUUAGCAGAAGGUUGUUCAGAAUAUAUUCGCACUAAAUAUCUUGAAUCCUUUUUACGUUGUACAUGUCAAGGAAUUAGUGACUCUAUUCCUGUGGUACGAAAUGCUGCACUUUUUGCUCUUGGGCAAUUUUCUGAACAUUUACAACCAGAUAUUUCAAAAUAUUCUUCCGAAUUGUUGCCAGUAUUAUUUGAAUAUCUUGGUCAAAUAUGCGCGCAUAUUAAGCAAGAAAAGAAAGAACCACCUUCAGUUGAUCGUAUGUUUUAUGCACUAGAAAUGUUUUGUGAAAAUUUAGAUGAAAGUCUUCUACCAUAUUUACCAACUUUAAUGGAAAGGCUUUUUGAGAUCUUGAAUACAGAUACUCCAGUUCACGUUAGAGAACUUUCUUUGAGCGCCAUAGGUUCAGCAGCUAUGGCAAGUAAAGAGCAUAUGUUGCCAUAUUUCGAAAGGAUUAUCUCCAUCCUUGAUGGUUAUCUAUCAGAAAAACAAACAGAAGAAACCAUGUGUCUUCAAGUACAAGCAGUCGACACUCUUGAAGCAAUUGCAAGAACAAUAGGAAAUACAAAUUUUGCACCCUUGGCUGGUAGGUCUCUUAACUUUGGAAUGAAAUUAUUAAAAGAAACAGAAGAUCCAGAUUUAAGAAAAUCAAUUUAUGGAUUAUUCGCAUCAAUUAGUACUAUCAUGAAAAAAGAAAUGGCAGGUGUUUUGCCAGAAAUCGUUGAAUACAUGAUAACAAGUAUACAGAGUUCAGAAGGCAUAGUGCCUCACUUUAAGGAGGAUGAAACUUCUGCCUUUCCUAUUUAUGAAGAUCUUAGUGAAAAUGAAAAUGAAAAUGAGGAAGAAGAUAUUGAAAACACAGAUAAUGAAGAAGAUGACGACGAUGAUGAUGUAGCGGGUUAUAGCGUUGAGAAUGCAUACAUUGAAGAAAAAGAAGAGGCAAUUUUAGCUUUAAAAGAAAUUGCAGAACAUACAGGAGAAGCAUUUCUACCAUAUCUUGAGAAAUCUUUUGAAGAAACUUUUAAAUUAAUUAAUUAUCCACAAGAAGAUAUUCGUAAAGCUGUUAUUGAUGCUCUCUUGCAGUUUUGUAUUAACUUCUCAAAAAUUAAUACUAAUGAAGGAAAGGAAGCAUUAUUAAAAGCUCUUUCUGUUUUUAUUCCAAAAUUAUCUGAAUUAAUACGAUUAGGAGACGAACGAGCAGUAGCUAUCAGUGGUUUAGAUGCUUACACAGAACUUUUGAAAGAGAUAAAAUCAGAUGUCCUUAUUGGAGAGGGUCAUAAAGAGGCUAUAAUGAAUUGUAUUACCGAUGUCAUGUUAGGCAAAACGGAAUGUCAAGAUCAAGAAGAAACGGAUGAUUUAGAUACCGAAGCUGAACAAGAUCAAUUAUUGGUUGAGUGUUCAGGUGAUGUACUAUCCAAUUUCGGAAAAGUAAUCCCACCAGAGGACUUCGAGCUUUAUUUUCAAACCGUAUUGCCGAUGCUCCUGGAAAGAUUGAAAAAGAACAAAUCAGAAGCCCAAAGAUCCUUUGCAGUUGGUACAAUUUCAGAAUGUUUUUCAGGACUUAAACAUAAAGUAGCUGGUUUCGUAUGUCAGCUGCUUCCUACACUUUUGAAGCUUACAGAUGAUCCAAGCGCCGAAGUUCGAAAUAAUGCAAUAUAUGGAAUCGGUGAACUUGUAUUGCAUGGCAAAGAUGCAGUUUAUAUGCAUUACACUGACAUUUUAUCCGUUUUGUCAAGUGCAAUCUGUAAAGAAUCUCACGCAGGAGCUCGUGAUAACAUAGUUGGAGCAAUUGCACGACUUAUAAUUGCUAAUUACUUCAAUGUACCACUUGAUCAAGUAUUUCCUAUCUUUGUAAAGCAGUUGCCAUUGAAAGAAGAUUUUGAAGAAUAUAAGGCAGUUUUUAGAAGUAUAUUAACACUAUAUGAAGCAGGGCAUCCCAUUUUACAGUCACAUAUGAACAUAUUGCUUAAAGUUGCUGUUAUCGUAUUACAUAAGAACAAAACUACUGAUGAUGAGGCAAAGGGUAUCGUUAUGGAGUUCAUUAAGUCUGCUCAGCGAGAUUUUCCAAACGAAUGGAAUUCCGUGUAUUCCGAACUUCCAGUAGAAGUCGCAACAGAUAUUGAACGUAUAUUUUCUUAGACUUCAAUAUGGACUUGAAAACUAUUGCCUUUCGACUAUUUCGUAUUACAAGAAACAUG